AUGGAGAAGCCAGACAUUGAGCCUCGGGUGGCAGAAUCUUUGACCAGCAACUUUGAUCCAGUAUUGGAGAAGAAGUUGCUACGGAAGUUGGACUGGCGGAUCAUCCCUGCGCUGUGGUUUCUGUUCCUGGUCUCGUUCAUGGACCGUUCGAACAUCGGGAAUGCCAAAAUUGCUGGAAUGGUCAAAGAGCUGCACAUGGCCGGAAGCGAUUACAACGUCGCUGUCACAAUGUUCACUGUCGCAUACGUGAUUUUUGGAGUGCCCGCAAAUCUACUGGUCAAGAAAUUCGGUCCUAGAAUGCUGGUCAUUUAUAUGUUUACAUGGGGGCUGUUUGUGUUGGGCCAGGGUUUGACCAAGACCGCAACGGGCUUGAUCGCGUGUCGAUUCUUCAUGGGCAUGUGUGAGGCAGGGUUUGUUCCUGGCUGCGCAUAUUUGAUUGGAAGUUAUUAUAAGAGGGAUGAGUUUUUGCGACGGUAUGCGAUUUUCUUCAGCGCGAAUAUGGCAGCAGGCGCAAUUAAUGGGCUCUUCUCGAGUCUCCUGACGGGAUUGAAGCUGAGCGGAUACGCAGGGUGGCGAUGGCUCUUCUUGAUCGAAGCUAUCAUUACCAUUGGUAUUAGCAUCAUUUGCUACUGGAUCGUGGUACCAUUUCCGGAUGACGCAAAUUUCUUGACACCCGAGGAGAAGGCCUUACUGCUGGCUCGGUUGGAGGCUGAUGGUGGUGGUGUCCGCAACGACCCCAUUUCCUUCAAACGGGUGUUGAGUAUGGCAACAGACUGGAAGAUCUGGAUCUGCGUCCUGGCCUAUAUCGGUGCGGAAGAAAGCGCCAGUUCUCUUGUGGCUUUCCAGCCAACCAUUCUCAGAGACCUCGGGUGGACCGCCCGCUCCGCGCAAGCGCACGGCAUUCCGAUCUACGCGGUCGCAUUUGUACUGACGCUUUCCAGCGCCUGGUUGAGCGACCACCUCCGACACCGCUUCCUAUUCACUCUGUUCGGAUCAGUUCUGAUUGUUAUCGGGUGGAGUGUUCAGCUGGCGCACUAUCUGCCGGCGGCUGUCCGAUACAUGGGCAUGUUCUUCGUGGCUUCCGGAGCAUUCAUCAUGAUGUCAAUCACGGUGGUAUGGCUGUGCAUUAACCUUGGCAAGGGCGUCAAGCGAAGUGUGGGUAUGGGCCUCCUGCCAGCCUUUGGCAAUUGCGGUGCCUUUGUGUCUGGGAACGUUUUCAUCACCAGCCAAUCUCCUAAGUACCCGGUGGGAUUUGGGGUUGGGUUGGGCUUUGCAGUGAUGGCCGGAGUAGCCAGCACGGUGUACUAUUUCGGUUUGCGCGCGGAGAACCGCCGCCGUGAUAGCCAGCCCGAGAAGGAGUGGACACCAGAAAGUGCCCAGGAUCUCGGAGAUGCGCAUCCGGAUUUUCGGUUUCAGUUGUAA